ACAAGCCAAACAGGUAGACCUCUAUACUUGCAAUUUUUUCAAAGUUGAUCUACCUUCUCUUCAUUGUACCAUGCCAGGUAGCAACAUAGGCGAAAAUUACAACAAAGCAACUUUUUUGGAAACUUGAUAUGUCAAAGUUGUAGUCAGGGCGAAUUGAUUUGAAGUACAAAAUUUGGGGCAAAUUAUUUUUCCAAUCAAAAUAUUGAAUUAAAAAUUUUCAAAAUUGUUGUUUUUUCUGUUACAAAAGCAAAUGUUCAAAACUUCCAACAUCGAUUGAAAGUAAUGCUGAAGCCGCUGCAUCUUGGUUUGAUUAUAGCACGUUCAAUACAACAUUUUUGAAAAUCACAGAGACUGGAAAUGGAGUGAUCGUAGUCUCCAGCGCGCCAACGAAGGACAUUUGCGAUAAUAGAUGUCCAAUCGUUGUUAUCUCUUCAUCAUCCUUACACAGCAUGCAGUCUUGGUAACGUUGGCAACGUUGAUUUCAUAUUCAACAGCGAUAAUGUUCUUUACAAGAAAAUAUCCGGAAAAUUAUUUUUGAUGCUUUUAAAAUUAGGUUUUGUGGUGGUUCUGGGGUGUACCCUUUUUUCUUUUGUCAGCUUUCUCGCUGUAGUGACAUGCUACCUAAAAGGUACUUUAGGGUAUAUUUACUCCUCAGGCUUACUUAAGAUUUGGAUCAAAGAUUGCAGAAGAUACAGGGGGCUGAGUCUACUGUGAGUCCACGCAUAUUAUUUGCUCAGCUAUGAAAUGUAUAGCAGACAGGUAGUAUUUUAUGUAUAGAUAACUUUAAUACAUUCGAACAAUUUGAAAUAAAAAAAUUAUCUCAAUAUUUAAUCACACCCCAAAAAUUGCCAAUGUUUUGUUCCCCAAACCAAUCCAAUAUGCUUUAGAAUCAUUCACCUUUCACUGUUGAAGCCCUAUAGUGUAUAACAUAGUUGAAAAUCCGUACAAAUAAGAUGAUGAAAUCCCAUGUAUCGGUUUAUUUCCUAUAUGAAAUUGAUUCCCUGUUUCACUUAUUUCAAAUAUACACGAAUUUUAGAUCUCCAUAUUACCUAUGCCUACCAUAUGUUGAAUAUACACUUUUUCCCUCAUACUCUAUAAAAACGUAAAAUCUCGAUUUUCUAUCAAUAGCAUUGUUAAAGUUUGAAAUCAUGCAACAAUUUUCUUAUGUGUAAAUGAAGGCGAAUUCAAAUUACAACAAUUUUUUGACAUAUCAAAUUGAUACCAGCUGGCCUGAAAGGGUUACCUUGUAAUUCUACCAUGCCCUCACCAUUAAUUCGAGAAAUUCAUUCCCCGGAAUUUGGUGAAAUUGUUUCAGAUUUAAAUAUGGCUCCCACAUACAUAUUUUCUUCCAAUUUGUCUGUCAAAUUUUGACAAGUUUGAACCAAAACCAAAAAUUCAAAACUGCAACAAAUGAUGACAUGAGCGAUACGUCCUUUUGUACUCCUCAAUUCCUUUUCCUCCCAAAACAAUUAAAAAUAGAACAACGCACUGUUCGUGCAGCGGGUAAAGACACGAGACACAAGUGAACAACGACUUCGUUACACCAACUGCGCUAAGCAUGAUUUCAAAAGAAGAGUUGCACUCCUGCUGAUCGGGUGGUUUUGAUUUUUCCUUCGAAUCAAAAAAAAGAGAAGAAAUGCAAGUUGUGGAUGCAAGCAAACUAGCAAACAACAAACUCCCCUUUUCGGAUGUAAAGCCUCACAUAUUCGAUAUAACAUAUGACUGCCUCAGGAGAAUACUCGAACAUUUGGAAUUAUCGUGUCAGUUUUCGGCUCUGCAAACAGACCCGCUCUUCGGACAUAUCAUAUUGGACGAUAUUUGGCAUCCUUAUCGUAAAACCUUUUUUGACCUCUCCCAAGAUACUUGUCUUUCGGAGAGGUCACCACAGUUCCAAUGCGAUUUCCUCUGCGUGGUUUUAAGUAGAUUUCCGAGAAUCACCCGAAUACCCAUUAAUGUUUUCACAGCCUGCGAGAAACAAAUGAAAGGAAAAACCUUUGAAAAUGUAACUGAAUUAGGUCUGUGCAAUUCGAAGAGCUUCGCAACAGAUGUUCUAUGUUUUGAGGUAUUCCGCACAUUCCCCGGUUUAAUCGGCUUAGACGUUACCAACGUUGCCAUUGACAUGCGCAAUUGCAGUGUGCACGACCACCUCGAAAGGGUCUCGCUUGUCGCUUCCAAUAUUAUUCUCAGCAAGGUCCAAACCAACCACCUAUCAACGCAAUCUUUAUUUUCGAAAAAUCUUAGAAGCCUCGACUUUAGACCUAGGCCGUCGUGUACGCUGCCCAUUCAUUUUGUUGCAUCCUAUUCUGACCUGAAAGAAUUAACCCUUUACACCCACUGUAUCCGAGAUACGCAGAGUUUGAAUAGAAUCCUCAAUCUGGUUGCCCUGCAAACAUUUACUUUAUAUUCCUACGACAAUUACUACUUCUCUACGACGGAUCAUCGCAUAUUUGAAAAUAUUUUGGACCGACGCACUCAAGGGCACCAGAAGAAGUGCACUUGGGCUCUUGAAAUAAACGGAAUACCGGAGAAGCUCUUCUUUCUGAAGACCGCAAUCCUACAGGUGAAAAUCCUGCAUUGGUCGGUAAGCAAAAUAUUCCAUAAGAAGAGAGAUGGUUCAGUGGAAUGGGGUUCGGAUGUCCAGGACACAACGCAAGCCUUCCACAAGUUCGUCGUGAACAAUGCCGCAUUAAAAACUCUAGUUGUAAGCAACAAUAUUAUGCAUUGUCGGGCCAUAUCGGGCGAUCCCGAUUGUGAAGAUAACCUGCAAUUGAGGAGGCAACGUAAAGGAUACGAAAGAGUUCAAAUCGUAUCCACACCCACAAAGCCAAGUGACUGUGGCCAAACAUCUGAUGGAUAUGUCACGUUUAUAUUCAGUACAAUUUAGUUGAAUUCAAUUCCGAAGAUACGCAGCCAAAUAGAUAGAAAACUGUACCAUAAUAUACAUCUACAUUUAAAUUCCAAAGAUAUAUAGUUAAAUAGAUAGAAUAUUGUACCAUAAUAUACAAUUAUAUUUAAAUUUACAAAUAAAUAAUUUCACUGUCCAAAAUGUUGCAGUUUAAAACCGU